AAAAAGGAAUCAAAUGUUUGCGUCACAUUCCUUCAUCAACUGAAACAAAAACAAAUGCCUCGAUAUACCACUUCAUGAACUUCUAGCAUUAUUCGCGUUGCUUUCUUCUGCGUGUCGGUCUGCUUCUUCAUCUUCAUGUUUAUUCUGUCUGUCUUUUCCUAAGCAAAUUCAUCAAUUAUGGCCGUCAAAUUCUAUCCGUCGCAAAUCGGAUCCAACCUCGUUACCCCUUUGUCCUACACUGCAUCUCCUGCCAAAUUAUUUCUUCAAGAUUUAUGGGUCGUGUUUGUGAAUCUUAGAUUUGUUCCUGGUAUUUUUCUACCUCUGACUCCCACACCUUCUGGUGUUCUGGACGAAUUACACCCUUCUGCAGGAAACCUAUUCGAUCUUGCACUGCAUGCUGUUCUGUUCUUUCUGCAAUUAUGUUUUAUCCUUUCUAUUCCUAUCUGGAUGAUGAUGCCCGUGUGGAUAGUAGCCACGGGAUUCACCAUAUUUUGGGUGUUCAAUUAUUACCUUUGUUUAAUUUUGAAUGGGUCAGCAUCUGUGACAACGUGUGAAUCAGCUCCCGAGUAUGCUCAAAGAAAGGAAGAGCAUGCUCAUGAGCGAUGGGUGUACAUGAAUGGUGUUUGCACUGGUCACCAUUGGCUGAAAGGUUCUGUAGAUCGUCUUGCUCUCACAUUCGGCCGUCCGGUUCUAGGAAUUCACAACAGAACCAAGGGACUCGUCUUUGACCUCUUUGAAUGUCUAAUUCAGCGCACUCUCAACUACGCCACUACUGACGUUCGUACCUCCUACCGCAUUCUUAAAGGAACAUUAUACGAGCCCGAGGUCACACGAGUAAUAUUUAUUCUACACUCGCAAGGUUCCAUUGAGGGCAGCAUGAUUGUAGACUGGCUGCUCGCCGAGAUUCCUCAAGAUCUUCUCCAAAAGCUUGAAGUUUACACCUUCGGAAACGCCGCUAACCAUUUCAAUAACCCGCAUCUACAAAUAGCAUCUCAGAAUAACGCCCUGGCCCACCCGUCAUUACGGGCAACUUCUCUCACUAGAACAGUUACCACCCUGUUCACAAACUCAAACAAUCCAGUAAAACUCCCAGCUAGCGGAAAUGGAAAUGGUAAAGCCAUCCCACACAUCGAACACUAUGCACACACAUAUGAUUUUGUCUCUCGAUUCGGAGUUCUUCACUACCACACAAAUUAUAGUAACGAUACAUUUGCUCCACGAUUUAUGGGAAGACUAUUUGAAGUAGAAACUAGCGGUCACAUGUUUGUCCAGCACUAUCUAGACACCAUGUUUCCACUUUCCAAAUCCGCGCGAAGGCUAUUGCAAGGCUCCGGAAUCAAAGACGACAUGAAGGCUGCAGGCGUAAACUGGGAUCGAGAGCGUGUAGAUGAAGAAGACGUAUUUAUGAGCAGCUCGGUCGAAGGCAGAGGUCGCGUGGCGCCGGAAGACAAACUCGGAAGAGAAGAUUGGGAAGUUUCCUGUGUGGGGGAAUCGAACGCCGAUGAUGGCAUUGCGCCACAGAUGAGUGCAAAAAGUGGAAAACCGAAUGGGUCAAAGAAGAAGAAGGGGAUGAACUUGCCGGGGGAGGGAAUAAUGGCGACCAAUGGAGAUUUUGGGGCGAGCGGAUAUAAGGUCAAGAACUUGAGCAGAUUAUGGUUGUAUCGCGACGGUAGAAGCCCUAUGAAUUAAGAUGGGUUACAGUGGUGAUUUAUCUGGUUCAUCGAAAGGGCAACUUGAGUAUGGUGUUUGGUGAUGUGUCUGUGAAAGGCUUUUGGUUCCUUUUAAAAUUUAUCCUUAAAGGGGGUAUAUUCAGUAUGAUGAUGUAUUGACAUGCCAGUGAGUUUGGCGAAUUUAGGGCUGGCGCUAUGGGAUUUAGAAUUACAUUUGGGUACCAAUUUCUUUUACUUUGCAUGAAUGUGUAGAUCAGAACAAUCGCCAAAGGUAUGAAGGAGUAGC